AUGAAUAACGCUGACUCUGGAGAAUACAAGAGUAAACAACUGGAACAGGUGGCCAUGGAGAGUUUGGAGCAGAGGGACUUCGGAGGAGGACCAGCCUUUUACGCACCACCAACAUCAGCCCAGCUGCUUUUUCAGAAUUCAAGGAUUGGCAUCAUUUCAUCUGCAAAUCUUCGAGUCAGAGAUGAUGCGGCCGAAGUUAUAGCUUCGCUCGAGACAACUGGCAGCAACUAUCAGGUAGCAUGGGAUCUUUUGAAAGCGCGAUACGAUAACCGAAAAUAUAUCGUAGAGAGUCACGUGAAGUCUUUAUUUGACAUUCCGAGUAUUUCCAAGGAAUUUACUGUCCACACAUUAUUAGACAAUGUUCAAAAAAGAAUUAGGGCACUCAGGGCUCUCGAACAACCCGUCGAACAAUGGGACACUCUACUUAUUUUCAUUAUAAGAGAGAAAUUAAACCAUUAUACUCGUGAAAAAUGGGAAGAGACCGUGGGAAGUACAAAACUCCCCUCCCUCAAUGAUAUGACUUCAUUUCUAGAGCGGCGUUCGCUGAUUGAAAAUACGCAAUCAUUUAGUAAAAUUCAUUCGUCAAAUUCGAGCAAAAUUCAGCCUUCGAAAGGAAACUCACACUUGCGUUUUCAUUCGCGAUCUUCUCAAUCCUGCAUGGCCACUGCAGUCGAUUCCAAGACAGAAAAUUCUCAGCUUUCAUGUCAUUUAUGCUCAGGGCAACAUCCACUUUAUUCGUGUGAACAAUUUUUGAAUAUGUCUCCUCCAGAACGUUAUAAAAUUGUAAAAAAGACAUCGCUGUGUCACAAUUGUUUGCUAGGGAAUCUCAAAACCGUGCAGUGUCGACACAACUCAUGUCGUAAAUGUCAAAGAAGGCAUAAUACAUUAUUGCAUUUUUCUCAAGAGAAGCCAGUCGAUGCAGAGGCUCCUCAUACUAAGAUCACAACUGCUUUAAUUAGUUAUGAAAGUCAAGCUCCAACGCAAGUCGUUCUCGGUAUGGCUAUCAUCGACAUUUUAGAUAGACAGGGCAACUAUCGCCCUUGUCGCGCAUUUUUAGAUUCGUGUUCUCAGUGCUGUUCGAUCAAGUUCGCUAGGGUUGCACAAAAUGACAAUUGA